AUUCGUCAUAGUUGAGAGACCUAUCGACAGUGUUAAAGUAAACCAUUUACAACGAAAAUGCCGUGCUGCAAAGUAACUAUCAAUAAGACCAGUAGCUGGGACAUGAAGUGCGAUAAGUCGGGAUGCUUUUGCAUUCCAUCAAAUGGCAAGAAUUGUAUCUGCGUAUGUCUAGAUGAACAAGAUAACAUCAUUCGAUGCGACGAUUGUAAAUGCGACAAUUGUAAUUGCAAUUGUGAAAAAAGUAAGUGCGUGUGUAUUCCAACAGACGGAAAAACUUGCGUUUGCGUGUGCCGCGAUGGAGAAACUAUCAAGCGUUGCGAUGAUUGUGCGUGUACAUCAGACCGUGGAACUGGUUCUAAGAAGUGUGACAAGAAUGGCUGCGAGUGCAUCGCAACUGAUGGAAAGGCGUGUAUUUGCGUUUGUAUUAAUACCACGGGCAACGUAGUUCGCUGUGACGACUGCAAGUGUAACAGAUCUUCCUGCAAAUGCAAUAAGUCUGGAUGUGUUUGCAUCCCAACUGACGGAAAAACUUGCGUUUGCGUGUGCCGCGAUGGAGAAACUAUCAAGCGUUGCGAUGAUUGUGCGUGUACAUCAGACCGUGGAACUGAUUCUAAGAAGUGUGACAAGAAUGGCUGCCAGUGCAUCGCAACUGAUGGAAAGGCUUGUAUUUGCGUUUGUCUUGAGGCCACAGGCAACGUAGUUCGCUGUGACGACUGCCAGUGCAACAGAUCUUCCUGCAAAUGCAAUAAGUCUGGAUGUGUUUGCAUCCCAACUGACGGAAAAACUUGCGUUUGCGUGUGCCGCGAUGGAGAAACUAUCAAGCGUUGCGAUGAUUGUGCGUGUACAUCAGACCGUGGAACUGAUUCUAAGAAGUGUGACAAGAAUGGCUGCCAGUGCAUCGCAACUGAUGGAAAGGCUUGUAUUUGCGUUUGUCUUGAGGCCACAGGCAACGUAGUUCGCUGUGACGACUGCCAGUGUGACAGAUCUUCCUGCAAAUUCAAUAAGUCUGGAUGUGUUUGCAUCCCAACUGACGGAAAAACUUGCGUUUGCGUGUGCCGCGAUGGAGAUACUAUCAAGCGUUGCGAUGAUUGUGCUUGCAGAUCGAAUUGUGGAAAAGACUGAAACGUGUAACAUGAAAAAUUGUAAGCUGUAGUUUUAUUAUAAAAUAGCGUCUUACUGUACGAAUUACAUUAAAAUAUUUUAGGCGAUGAACUUUUUAAUU